CCCAUCUUAAUCUGCUGCAAUCCUCACUCUUUGGUCUUGAUUCUAGAGGGAGAUGGCAGGCUGCGGCGGCAUCAAUAACAAUCAAGUUGAUGAUCAAAUGGCACUCAUUUCUCAUUUUUAUCCAGAUAUUUACACUCAACUCCUACCCGAUCAAGGAGAGGCGACGGAGGCGAAACCAAGGCGGAGGCGCAAGAAGAACAAGGCGGGCGGGGACGGCGGCAUGACCGGAAUCAGGAAGCGAAAGCUGAGCGAAGAACAAGUCAACCUCCUGGAACAAAGCUUCGGCGAUGAACGGAAGUUAGAGUCGGAGAGGAAAGACCGGCUGGCUUCCGAGCUCGGACUUGACCCCCGCCAAGUCGCCGUCUGGUUCCAAAACCGCCGGGCGCGGUGGAAGAACAAGAAGCUGGAGGAAGAAUACUCCAAGCUCAAGGCGGAGCACGACUCCACCGUCCUUGAAAACUGCCGUCUUGAAUCUCAGGUGCUAAAGCUGAAAGAGCAACUUUGUGAUGCCGAGAAUAGGAUUCAGAGUCUAUUGGAGCGCCGCCACCAUGGCGGAGGCGGAGGCGGAGGCGGAGGCGAUGGGGUUUCCAGCAAUAGUCCGAGCACUUCAUCAUUCCCCACAGAGGCACCGACGUUUUUCGGAGAGUUUGGAAUGGACGGUUUGGACGAUGAGUUCUAUGUGGACGAAAACCAUUACGGUCAUGUCGUGGAUCAAUGGAUUAAGUUCUACGGAAUGUGAUUAUAUUUAUGAAGCUUAUUAUCAUUAUUAUAUAAUAAUAACUUCAUGGCCGGAUUCGUUAUUCUAGGUAGCUAGCUAGAUAUGAUAAUGUAAAUAUAUGACCCCCUAUGUCUAAUGUAUGUAAAUUAUCCCCCUUUGUUUUCUCUUGUUACUAAUUAAGUUAACUGGUCUUAGCUUAUGUGUAGAUAGCACGUAGCAGCAGUGUACUAGUGUGAUUUUAAUAGUAUAUAUAACUCCAUCUUUACUUA